AUGGCAGACCGCGAGCAUGACAUUGAGGAGGGAAAUGAAGCUCUGGACCCGGAGCUUCUCUACUCGAAGGAAUACUGUAUCGGUGGUGGUAGUUUUGGCAAAGUCUACAAAGGAGUCGACAAGAGAACAGGCCAAUCUGUUGCGAUCAAAGUCAUCGAUAUUGAAAGCGCCGAGGACGAGGUCGAGGAUAUUAUACAGGAAAUCGCUAUCCUGUCCGAGCUACAAUCCCCAUAUGUCACCAAGUACUAUGGAUCUUACGCGAAAGGCGCUGAGCUAUGGAUUGUCAUGGAAUUUUGUUCAGGUGGAAGCUGCGCCGACCUCAUGAAGCCAGGAUUGAUUAGCGAGGAUUACAUUGCCAUUAUUGUGCGAGAGUUGCUUAUGGGAUUGGAUUACCUCCAUACAGACAAGAAGCUACAUCGGGAUGUCAAGGCUGCCAAUGUGCUUCUCAGCAGCAAUGGCCAGGUUAAACUGGCCGAUUUUGGCGUCUCAGGUCAGCUUUCAGCAACCAUGACCAAGAAGAACACUUUUGUCGGAACCCCUUUUUGGAUGGCCCCAGAAGUCAUUAAGCAAUCUGGGUACGACCACAAGGCCGAUAUUUGGUCUCUUGGUAUAACGGCACUUGAAUUGGCGAAUGGGGAACCCCCUUAUGCUGAUAUUCACCCCAUGAAGGUCCUCUUCCUCAUCCCCAAGAACCCUCCACCACGGCUUGAAGGCAACUUUACCAAAGCCUUUAAAGAUUUCAUCGAGUCAUGUCUGCAGCGGGAUCCCAAAGACAGACCAACAGCGAAGGACAUGCUGCGCCAUCCUUUUAUUAGACGGGCAAAGCGGGCAACUUACCUGACUGAGCUCAUUGAAAGACACUCGCGCUGGACGGCUGCGCAUAAGGGCGAGGACGAUGAUAACUGGGAAUCUGUCCACGAUGGCCGACCCCCAGCAGAGCGUGAGCGAGUCGAUGAAGAUAUGUGGGAUUUUGGCACCGUCAGACUUGUUGGUGACCGAGGGGGUAUUGUUAGCCGACCAGGCCUCAAUACCCUGGAUGAGAAUGCGACAAAUGCUCGCGCCUCCCGACCUUUGGAAAGUGAAGAGGAUUAUUGUGAGCAACGACGCGAAGUCAGUCCAAUGAAGCGAGAUUUUGCACUCCAGCCACUUGAAACGGUUAAAGCGCCCAACUCGAGACAGUCAAGCCCACAACGAAAGGCUGUCCCCCAGUCGCAAUACCAACAGCCACAGUCACCUGCAAGAGCGUUGCCUCAAACCCCUUUGAAGCUGCCUACUAGAGAUAGCGCAGAUACUCCUCGGCCCUUGAGAACAGUACACACUGCACCGGUACCCGAGUCCCCAGAGUAUGAUCGCGAGCUCCAAAAUGAAUUGCAGCGUGACAUUGGUAUGCUCAAUUUGGGCUAUGAGCCAAAGGAGAGCAGGAGUCCUCAACCUCAACCGCCACAGAGACCGCCUGCUCCGCCGGCACAUCUAACACGACCAACCACCACCAAGCAAAUGAGUCUACCAGAGAUACCUCCGUAUAGACCUAACCAAGCUACUUCGCAACAAAGGAUGCCGUCAUUACAACACACUUCUACACCUCAGGUUAUUGUACCUCUUCCUGGGGGAGCCCAAGGUCCCCGGCCUCUUCCUCCAAAGAACUCACCUAGCCCGUCCGAGUUUACUGCCCCUUCUGCGUUCCCUACACCUUCCCCGGCUAACCCGAAUGGCGAGCUGGAUGCACUUAACGAUGUCAUCUUUCCAGCGCUUGAAGAGGCGCUUAAGCGGCGACAGAUCAACCUCCAGCAAUUGUAUAAGCCCGGACAGAACCCAACUCAAAUCCCGCCUCAGCAGCAACGAGCUGAAGCUGCACAUGAAAAGUUGAGAAAGUUGGUGUACAAGCUUGCACAUGUCUGCAAAGAGAUUGAUCAUUACGACAAGGCUGAACCUGUUGGAAUGGGCCGAGAAGUUGGUAGUUUCCUGGAGGGACUUCUCGAAGAGAUCUUGGUACGAGUUGAGCCUCUGGACGAGGAUGAAGACCUGCUGCGCGGCGUCGCCAAGCAACAACCCCAGCUCGCCCGAUCCUUCGCCACCGUCCAGUCCGACAUCUUCAAGCCUGCCAAGUACGGCGGCAAGUACACCGUCACCCUCAUCCCCGGUGAUGGUAUCGGUACCGAGGUUGCCGAGUCUGUCAAGACCGUCUUCAAGGCCGACAACGUCCCCGUUGAGUGGGAGCAGAUCGAGGUUUCUGGUCUCGAGGGCGCCGGCCGCACUGAGGAUGCUUUCCGCGAGUCUGUCGCUUCUCUCAAGCGCAACAAGCUCGGUCUCAAGGGUAUCCUCCACACUCCCAUCAGCCGAUCCGGCCACCAGAGCUUCAACGUCGCCAUGCGACAGGAGCUCGACAUCUACGCCAGCAUCAGCUUGAUCAAGAACAUCCCCGGUUACGAGACCCGCCACAAGGACGUCGACCUGUGCAUCAUCCGAGAGAACACCGAGGGUGAGUACUCUGGUCUUGAGCACCAGAGCGUCGAGGGUGUUGUCGAGUCCCUCAAGAUCAUCACCCGCGCCAAGUCUGAGCGUAUCGCCAAGUUCGCCUUCUCUUUCGCCCUCGCCAACGGCCGAUCCAAGGUUACUUGCAUCCACAAGGCCAACAUCAUGAAGCUUGCCGACGGUCUCUUCCGCAGCACCUUCCACCAGGUCGCCAAGGAGUACCCCACCCUCGAGACCAACGACAUGAUUGUCGACAACGCCUCCAUGCAGGCUGUCUCUCGUCCUCAGCAGUUCGACGUCAUGGUCAUGCCUAACCUUUACGGUGGUAUCCUGUCCAACAUUGGUGCUGCCCUUGUUGGUGGUCCCGGUAUUGUCCCUGGUUGCAACAUGGGUCGCGAGGUUGCUGUUUUCGAGCCUGGUUGCCGUCACGUCGGUCUUGACAUCAAGGGCAAGGACCAGGCUAACCCCACUGCCAUGCUUCUGUCCGGUAGCAUGCUGCUGCGACACCUUGGCCUCGAUGAGCAUGCCAACCGCAUCUCCAAGGCCACCUACGCCGUCAUUGCCGAGGGCAAGGUCCGCACUCCCGAUAUGGGCGGCAAGUCCACCACCCACGAGUUCACCCGUGCCAUCCUCGACAAGCUCGAGACCGUUUAA